AUGGCAACUCCGGCGUAUUUGAUUAAUUUAUACAUUCUGCUGUUGAUUAGAACAGUAAAAUCGAAGCCCUUAGUCGAUCCAAUGCAGCACGAGCUACAAGUAGUCAAUUCUAAGACCUUUACGACCAACGUCCAGUUGGCGAGGCAGUCGAACGUUGUUGGAGCUCUGUUUUACACCUCCGCAGACUCAAACGCCAGUGAUACAAUUAGCGAGUUGAACCAUGCAGCAAAGGACCUCAAAGGAAUGAUCAACAUCGUCUCGGUAAACUGCGGAGACCACACACUGAGAAGUUUAUGCAAAUCAGAGCUCGGUGAUGACUACUCAACACCCUCAUUUAGAGUUUACCCUAAAAUACCAGUUCCACCAUACACCUUUCAGAAAAAAUUAUUGAAAGAUGAGGUCAAAAAGGAAUUGUUAAAACACCUGCCAUCUAGCGUUGAGAAGGUGGAGGCGGGAAUGUUGGCGCAUUUCAUGACAAAGCAUGAAGUGAUGCCCAAGGUCCUACUCUUCUCAGACAAGGAGCACCCCUCGUAUAUAUACAAGGCGCUGAGCAAUGCGUUCCACAAAAAAUUACUACUCGGGUUUAUUGACGUCAAUAAACACGCGGACCUGAAGAAGGAGUACAAGGUGACAAAGGUGCCGACCAUGUUGGUGGUGAAACCUAACGCGAAGCCACAGAAAUACACGGGAGAGUUCAAGUACCUGCCGAUGUUUGAGUGGCUGAAUGUGAAUGCAGAGGCUUUCCUGCUCGGAGGCGGCUACUCCGACAAGGCAGACCCAGCGAAGGCGAAGCCGUGGAAGUUCGACAAGAUACCGAAACUGAACUUCUACUCACACCAGGACAUCUGCUUCAACAAAUCACAUGGCCUUUGUAUAAUUUACUUGACAAAUGCGGAACUGACCACAGAUGAAAGGGACACCCUGCUCAACCUGAGUGAAAAGUAUAAAGGGCAGUUGACCGGAAAGUGGAUGUGGAUGAACCUAGGAGAGGAGAAGGAGUUCUCAGAGCUAUUCGCAGUCGAGUCCCUACCGUCCCUAGUGGUGUUUAACCCGAAAAACAGGCUCCGCUACUUCCUACAUGACGUCAAAACCGCAGUCACCAGCCACUCGAUUGAAAGGAUGCUGGAAAAGAUACUUGGAGGCGAUGCCAGAUUCACGCCACUCACUGGCCAUCUUCCCAAGUUUAAAUUGGAUGAAAUGGAAUCAGAAGAACUUUAA